AUGCCGAUGCUCAAGGAUCCCUCAAAAAAGUACAAGGCAUUCAAGCCUCUGGACCUGCCUAAUCGCCAAUGGCCUAACAAAAUUAUCGAUAAGCCACCGCGCUGGCUGGCCACCGAUCUGCGUGAUGGCAACCAGUCCCUCCCCGACCCAAUGGAUGGCGAGCAAAAAUACCGUUUCUUCAAGAUGCUCGUGGAGAUCGGCUACAAGGAGAUCGAAGUUUCCUUCCCGUCCGCGUCCCAAACCGAUUUCGACUUCACCCGCCGUCUGGUCGAAGAGCCCGGUCUUACCCCCGACGAUGUCGCCCUACAGGUCCUGGCUCCCUGCCGUGAGGACCUCAUUCGCCGCACAGUCGACUCCCUGAAGGGCGCCAAGAAGGCUAUCCUCCACAUCUACCUCGCAACCAGCCCUUGUUUCCGCCGCAUCAUUUUCAACAUGGACCGAAAGCAGAGUCUGGAGAUGGCUGUCAAAUGCACAAAAUACGCCCGCUCUAUCACCAAGGAUGACCCCUCUCAGGCCGGCACUGAUUGGCAACUCGAGUUCUCCCCCGAGACCUUCUCGGAUACGGAGCCCGACUUCGCUGUGGAGGUCUGCCAGGCUGUCAAGGCUGCCUGGGAGCCUACGGCUGAGAAGCCCAUCAUUUUCAACCUGCCUGCCACGGUAGAGAUGUCCACCCCCAACGUCUUUGCCGAUCAGGUCGAGUACUUCUGCACAAAUAUGACCGAGCGUGAGAAGUUCGUUGUCUCGGUCCACCCGCAUAAUGAUCGUGGCUGCGCCGUGGCCGCAGCCGAAUUGGCUCAAAUGGCCGGUGCCGAACGUGUAGAAGGUACUCUGUUCGGUAACGGUGAGCGUACUGGAAACGUGGACCUGGUUACUCUCGCCCUCAACCUGUACACACAAGGUGUCUCGCCCAAGGUCGACUUCUCAGAUAUCAACUCUGUCAUCAAGGUAGUAGAGGAAAGCAACAAGAUCCCCGUGAACGAGCGCUGGCCGUACGGUGGUCAACUCGUGGUUUGCGCAUUCUCUGGAAGCCACCAAGAUGCAAUCAAGAAGGGCUUCAAGCUGCGCGAAGGUGCCGACGACGAAACCGAGUGGGUCGUCCCGUAUCUGCCCCUCGACCCACAAGAUAUCGGCCGCACAUACGAGGCAGUCAUCCGCGUCAACUCCCAGAGUGGCAAGGGUGGUGCCGCCUGGAUUAUCCUGCGCAGCCUGGAGCUGGAUCUCCCUCGCGCUUUGCAGGUCGAGUUCAGCAAGAUCGUGCAGGAAAGGACCGAGGCUGUCAACCGGGAGCUGAAGCCCACCGAGAUCGUCAGCCUCUUCGAGGAUGCCUACCACCUCAAGUCAAACCCGCGCUUCACCCUCAUCGACUACAGCAUUACCACCGACCGCUCUCAAUCUCCUGCUCCCCCCGAGCCUGGCAAGGCCCUCAACACCAAGAACCUCAAGCGUCGCUUCACCGGUAUCAUCGAGAUCGACAACGUCCAGCAUGCUAUCACUGGUGUUGGCCCAGGUGCUAUCUCGUCCCUGGCUACCGCCCUAUCCACUCUCGGCAUCGAUCUAGACGUCCGUGACUACAAGGAGCACUCCAUUGGUCUCGGUCGUGACGUGAAGGCUGCUACCUACAUCCAGUGUACAGCAGCCGGCAGUGACGAGCAGGUCUGGGGUGUCGGCAUCCACCAGGAUGUGGUCCAGGCCUCUCUCAUUGCGCUGCUUAGCGCCGCCAGCUCGUUUCUCGCCUCUCGCGCUGGCUCCCCUGCUCCUUUCCGCCCUAUCCGCUCUAACACUCUCACCGAUGACGACCUGCAAGCCCUCGAGCAGCUGACCGGUGAAGGUCCCGUCGCUAACGGUAACCUGAGCGCUAAGGUUAACAUUGACAACCUGACGAAACAGGCCGAGGGCAUGUAA